AUCCAACAUUCACUUCUCUUUACUCAACCCGCUUAACAAGAAUAAACAAUUUUCCAUCAUGAAGUUUGCUCUCUCUUUGGCUGCCAUUGCCACGGUGCUCUUCUCCGCAAGCGUGACCUCAGCUGCUCCUGCUGGUGGACCCAAUGGUCAAACGGCUGCCUUGAUUUCGACCAGUCAAUAUUGUCUCUUCCUUCCACGUGAUUAUGGUGGUGAUAUCGCAGAAAGUGAAGAUGAUGCAGUCGCUUUCUGCAACACUGCCAUCCCGACAGCCCCUAAUGCCCGUAAGCUCCCAACUGGGUUCGUCCAGAGCAUCCAUUUCGUCAACAAUACAUCCAAGAGCUAUGUCCAGAUCACGGGUCGUAUCGACCGCUCCAAGUAUGGCCUUUCUGAAAGCGAUGGUGGUGGACAGUAUGAUAUCAAAGCCCCCGUUGGUUCCAAAUGCGCUGGUUAUGGAUACUAUGUGCAAUUGCUUGAACCCGAUGAGGAGAUUUAUUGCCUCCGCUGUUGCAAGAAUAAGUCGGAUUGCCCUGUGAACAAGUCCACAUAUGGAUGCAGAGAUGUCCUUGGUGGUGACUACUCGUAACGAGC